GUUUCCCCUCUUUGUUGAAUUAUUUGUUAACUGUUCCUGCUUGUAGGUUUAAUGAAUUUGGCGUUGAUGGUGGGCCAGCUGCGGAGUCCCUUACACCAAAGUUCAAUGUAUUCUCAAAACAUUUGUCAGUUCAAACUGGGCUGCAAGUGCCAGAUAUAGAAAUCAAAUUUCUAGUUGUUGCAGCCAUAGCUAUGAAGGGUCUUGGAAGCCUUCUUUUCAUUUUUGGCAGCUCUCUUGGAGCUUUUCUACUGCUUUUACACCAGGCAAUUGCUACUCCAAUUUUGUAUGACUUCUACAACUAUGAUGUUGACAAGAAAGAAUAUGCUCAACUUUUCGUCAAGUUUUCACAGAGCUUGUCAUUGUUGGGGGCAUUGCUCUUCUUUAUUGGCAUGAAAAACUCAAUGCCAAGGAGACUCAAGAAGAAGGCUCCCAAAACUAAGACGGGUUGAGAAAGAAUAUCAUGUGUUCACCUCAUGUUACAUCAUAUUAACAGUGCCAAUGUGUCUGGAAAUCACUAAGGACCGCAUUUUGGAUGCUUGUAGUGUUGAGGAGACAGUUUCUUGUUAUCUGUAUUCUUCUUUUUUGGGUUUAUUCUCUCUUUUUAACAUUUAUGGUGUGAUGUUCUCAUUGAGAUUUAUGGAAAUUUUGAAUCGAGUUUUGGAAAUAUAUAAUUCAUGAGAAAAGGUAAAAUUCUGUCCUCUA